AUGUCUCCCCCCAUCACCCUCCCCGCCCCAAUCUCUCUCAUUCCAGAGUGCAGGAAGCAGCUGUGGGGAGAGUCACGGACCCCUGCGCAGGCUUAGAGAAUGUCACUCUGGUGCCUUUUGGGAUUCCUCCUACUCUGUAAGAUGGGAAGCUCCAAACCCCUCAUCCAUGAACUCUAUGGAGAAGUGACAUCCCCUAUGUAUCCCAAGCCAUACCCUAACAACUACGAUUACACCAGAGAGAUCGUGGUCCCCAAGGGCUACACUGUGAAACUUGUCUUCUGGCAGUUUGAUCUGGAACCAUCUGAAAAUUGUUUCUAUGACUAUGUCAAGAUCUCUGCUGAUAAGAAAGACUUGGGUCGAUUUUGUGGGCAACUGGGAUCCAAAGCAGGCAAUCCUCCUGCCCAGAAGGAGUUUGUGUCCCAGGGAAACCGUAUGUGGCUAACAUUUCAUACAGACUUCUCCAAUGAAGAGAAUGGCACCAGCAUUUUCUACAAAGGUUUCCUGGCCUACUUCCAAGCUGUGGAUAUGGAUGAAUGUAGUAUCCAGAGCAAUGACAACGAGGAGAGCUCUAAGUCGGGGAUUCGGUGUGAACAUUUGUGCCACAACUCAAUCGGCAGUUACUUCUGCUCCUGCCGCCCUGGUUAUGAGCUCCAAGAUGAUGGACACUCUUGCCGUGCGGAGUGCAGUAGUGAGCUAUUCACAGAAGAAUCAGGGUACAUCGCUAGCCUUGAGUACCCCAAGGCUUAUCCCCCUGACAUGCGCUGCAACUAUAGCAUCCGUGUGGAUCGGGGCCUAACUAUCAACCUCGAGUUCUUAGAACCUUUUGAAAUUGAUGACCAUCAGCAAGUUCACUGCCCCUAUGACCAGCUCCAGGUCUAUGCCAGUGGGAAGCCCCUUGGAGAGUACUGUGGAAUGAGGAGUCCUGGGAUCAUCAACACCAGCAGCAAUGCUGUGGAUGUGCUGUUCUUCACAGAUGAGUCAGGAGACAGCCGUGGCUGGAAAAUCCACUAUGCCACUGAAAUUAUCAAGUGUCCACAACCAAAGACCCUUGAUGAGUUCACCGUUAUCAGUAAUCCCCAACAACAAUACCAGUUCCGUGAUUACCUCAUUGUGACCUGCAAAACUGGCUAUCAACUCACAGAGGGGAAACAGAAACUGAAGUCCUUCACUUCUUUCUGCCAGGAUGAUGGCACAUGGCACCGAGCUAUGCCCCGCUGCAAGAUUGUAAACUGUGGAGUUCCCCAAGAUCUACCUAAUGGGAACUUCAGUUACAUUACUAAGAAAGGGGAAAAUACCUACCAAUCUGAGAUCCUUUACACUUGCCGGGAGCCAUAUUAUCAGAUGGCAAAUAAAGAGAAAAGUGGUAAGUCUUCAUCAGUGACAUAUACCUGCACAGCCCAAGGUAUCUGGAAAGACAGAUAUGGAAACAAGAUUCCUCGGUGUUUACCUGUGUGUGGGAAGCCAGUUAAUCCUGUAAUUGAAAAUCAGCGCAUCAUUGCAGGGAAAAAUGCUCGGUUGGGCAAUUUCCCUUGGCAAGUUUUCACCAACAUUUAUGGACGUGGAGGUGGGGCACUACUAGGUGACAGAUGGAUCCUUACAGCUGCCCAUACCAUCAAACCUAAGGACAAUCCUUCAGUGCAGAAUACAUCUAUCCAUGUAUUCUUGGGUCAUACAAAUUUGGAUGAAAUCAUGAAAAUGGGGGCCCACCCCGUCCGCGAUGUCUUCAUCCACCCAGGCUAUGAUCAAAGUGAUAUGAACAACUUUGAUAAUGACAUUGCUCUUCUAGAGCUGGAGAACAGUAUCCCUCUAGGUCCCUACCUCCUUCCCAUCUGUCUGCCAGAUAAUGAAACCUUAUAUGAAAAGGGAUUUAUGGGCUAUGUCAGUGGCUUUGGAAUAGAAGAUCAAAAAAUACACGAUGAUCUGAAGUUUGUGAGUUUGCCUGUGGUCUCAAGAGAGAACUGUCAGAAUUGGCUCAAUUCAAAAAGGAGCAGCCAGGUGUUUUCCAACAACAUGUUUUGUGCUGGUGACAAGACUGCAAAGAAAGAUGCUUGUCAAGGAGACAGUGGAGGAGUCUUUGCAGUGAAAGAUGAAACUGGAAAUCGUUGGGUAGCCACAGGCAUUGUGUCCUGGGGUAUUGGGUGUGGCAGAGGAUAUGGUUUUUAUACCAAAGUCCUCCAGUAUGUGGAUUGGAUUAAGGGAAUAAUAGAAAAGGAGAAGAGCUAAGAUAUUUCAGGAAUAUCUAAGUCUCAAAUGAAAAAGAGAACACAUCAUUCUACCAGGCUGUUGUUACUUAGGCAGUUGCAUCCACAUUAAAAGUUACUGAUGCAGAAA